CAGUGACUAGUGACUACAGAACAAGACUUUCGGACAGCCUGCACCAAAGCCCGGAAGAGCUAACGUUCCCACUUGAACUUAGGACAAGAAACCCGAACAUUUUGCAAAGGCGGCGUGUUACCGAUGGAGCCCUCUUGUAUUGCAGUCCUGGAUAAUGGAGCCUGCACAGUCAAGUGCGGCAGGACGAGCGUCAGUUAUGACGAUCAGCCGAGGCUGAUAACUAAUGCUGUCGUUCGCUCGAGAGGUGACAAAGCGACAUACAUAGGGCACGAAUUCGAUCAGUGCCGUGACUUCUCAUCCCUACAUUACCGUUUACCCUUCGAAAAGGGAUAUCUCGUCGACUGGGACGCGCAGAAAGCAGUCUGGGAUGGAAUUUUUUCUGACGAAGUGCUUAAAAUAAACCCCUCCGAGUCAUCCCUGCUCAUUACUGAGCCGUAUUUCAACUUGCCAAACUUGCAAGAAGUCUACGACCAGUUCGUAUUCGAGGAAUACGAAUUUCAUUCGUAUUUUCGUUCUACUCCUGCAGCGCUCAUCCCGCACGGGACCUUGUACGGCAAUUCAUCUUCUGCACCUCCAGAGUGUAUGCUAGUCGUGGAUUCGGGUUUCAGCUUCACCCAUGUCGUGCCGAUUAUGGAAGGUUCUAUUGUUUGGAGCGCCGUCAAGCGACUUGACGUGGGUGGCAAGCUGUUGACGAACCGUCUGAAAGAACUCGUUUCAUUUCGACAAUGGAACAUGAUGGACGAAACAUAUAUCAUGAACGAAGUUAAGGAAUCCUGCUGCUACGUCUCCGUGGAUUAUCGUAGAGACUUGGAUAUGUGCCGGUGGGACCCAAGAAAGAAUCCUAUCCUUCAAGAAUACAUUCUGCCCAAUUUCUCCGCCAAUCGGAACGGACGUAUCCGGAAAGCUGGAGAGCUCAUUAACGAGGCAGAUCAAAUCCUCUAUAUGAAUAACGAGAGAUUCUCAGUACCUGAGACCAUCUUUCAUCCAAGUGACAUCGAACUACAGCAACAAGGAUUGCCGGGGGCUAUCGCGUCCUCCAUAUCACUUCUGCCUGAAGAUGUCCAAGGUUUGUUUUGGGUCAACAUCGGUUUGAUAGGUGGAAACACAAAAUUCCCGGGGUUCUGUGAUAGAUUAAUGCUGGAACUGCGAUCAUUGGCACCGUCUGACGUCGAAGUGAAGGUUUACACAGCUGCUGACCCAACAACGGAGGCAUACAAGGCUGCCCUGGCAUUUGCUCGCAAUAGCGCGUUCCCUAGCCAUGUUGUCACAAGAGCCGAAUAUCAGGAGAGCGGCAGCAAUGCUUGUAGGAGAAAGUUCAAAGAUUGGCGGUCCAGUGACAGGGGCGUUGACCAGACCCUGGACCGAAGGAAAGGUAAGGCGCCCAUGCAAGACAGCGAUGAGGAGCCCAGCUCGGCUCCUAGGAAAGGCGGCCGCACCAGAAAUAGGACCGGGAUUCAGCCUUCUGGUCCACGCCGGCGUUGAACACAUACCGAUGAUCCCGGUACUUACUUAUCGUCGUUCAUUGCCAUUGCUCCGUGGCCGAGACCUCUGGGUUGCAUACUGUCGAACACGGCCCGUGC